CAGACCCGUAAUCAAAAAUGAAUUUUCCUAGAGAAUUCAUAAUAUUCCUGUUGAUUUGCAUUGAGGAAUACGGAUUAUGUCAGAACACAAUUGAACCGAUUGUUAGUAUCGGUCCAACACCCGCACCAAAGUUCAUCACACGAGGACAUUUGUAUAAAGCUGUGAUCGGCGAUACAAUCAUUCUGCCAUGCAAAGUAAAGGAUUUAGGAUCUUACAUUCUUUUAUGGCGUCGAGGGACGUCGGUUCUCACAGCUGCAAGUUUAAUGGUCACGAGGGAUACACGUUUCAAGUUGGUUGAUGGCUACAAUCUUCAAAUUGGAAAUGUAAGAAUACAAGACGCGGGAGAUUACGUGUGUCAGAUUGGAGAUCAAGAAGCAAGAGACCAAGUUCAUACCGUGGAGAUUUUAGUGCCACCUUCAGUACGUCCAGUGCCUCAAAAUGGUCAAAUAACAGCAAGAAAAGGCAGUUCUGUGACGCUUGAAUGUAAAGCCUCUGGCAAUCCCGUCCCCAAUCUUUAUUGGCAUAAAAAGAAUUCACAUACUCAAUACCACUUAAGUGAAAGUUCAACAUUAGUACUCGAGAGGGUGGAUCGGAGUCAUGCAGGCACUUACCAAUGUAUGGCUGAUAAUGGAGUGAGAGAAGCAGUUUACGCCGAUAUCGAGCUAACAGUUUUAUCUCCACCUGACAUUUCUGUCGAAAAAACGUGGAUUCAUGCGGCUGAAGGAUGUGAUAUCCAAUUAGCGUGUACUCUGCAUGGUGAUGUAAAUUCAGAAAUGAUGUGGUAUCAGAAUUCUUUUUUGUUGGAUCCUACUGAUCGUCGUACAAUGUACACAAAAGGAGAAAAAUAUAUUUUGAAUGUAACAAAUUUCCAUACGACGGAUUUUGGAAAUUACAGUUGUGUCGCUGACAAUUCUCUGGGACGAACGAAAAAAUACAUCGAAGUUUCAGGACGACCUGGGCCUGCGGAAUUUUUGUCACCCACAUACUCUGGCCAUUUAGACCGAUAUAAUCUCACAUUUAAAAUCGAAUCAAUUCCGUUGCUUGAGGAAAUAAAGCUGCUCUAUAGAAAACUCAUGAUGAAUGAGACAUAUCAGCAUCCCGGCAAAUGGCAUGAUCAGAUCCUGCAUCCAUCCGUUCAACGUUAUGACUCAAGACAUUUUGUCAUGUCAUAUAUCAUAAUUGCAUUAGAGCAUAAUUCCGUCUACGAGGUGAUGGUGCAAGCGAAGAAUUUGUAUGGUUGGAACGAGGUGAGUGAUAUUCAUCAAUUUUACACCAGAAGUUAUGAGAUUAGCAUGGAAGACUUGGAAUACGUAAUGAGCUCGAUAUCAUACGCUACAGUGUCAUCAAGCAUCGAUAAAUAUUUAAUGUUCGUAAACAUUUUAGUGGCUUUUAUGAUCCUUAAAAGGUGACCCGUUCACGUAAUGCAUCUUUAAGACGACAUCUAUCAUUUAAUUAUGUUAUUUAUGCAUAAAAGGCGCACUAAAGUUUAAAUGAGCUAAGAUUGGAAAUCUUUUUGACUGAUGUUGUUGAAAGAUGACACGAGAAGAAAACAUUUUCUCGUUCACUUCCUUCCCUGCUUUCCUUUAUUUUAAAUGAAAUUAUGAGAAAAAUUAUGAGAUAAUUGCAUUAAGCUAACAGCAUUUAAACGACGUAAAUGGGAGAAAAGAAUCCGAUAUCACUAAACUUACCUAGUUUAAACGUUUAGCAACACUAUGUGUAAUGAAAGUUAAAAGUAUAAAGAGAAAAUUAAUAAGAAGAAAAUUCUUUUUUGUAAUCAUUGUAAUUGAAAUUUAAAAAGAUGUUAAAACGUAACUAACACCUUCACUAAUGUUUGGAAAAGGCGUAAAGCGAACCGCCGGUGAUAAAAUAUUGCAUGCAAUUACAUGUAAACGUAAUGAAAAUGAAUAAAAAUAAAGAAAACAUUUUUGUAAAUUAGAUUUUUAGAAUGUAAGUUUUGAAAUUCGAGUUGUAAUUAUUUUGUAAAAUGGAAGAGAAGAAAGUGAAGUAAAAGUCUUUAAAAUUGAUAAUAAAAUCAAAGUGUUUU